GAGCAGUAUAAAAGCAGGCCCUUCUCCUCCCUCUCUCAUCCACUCCUCUCUCCUCCAUCUCCUUGGGACCCAGACAUGUCCUGCUACAACCAGUGCCUGCCCUGCCUGCCAUGCCAGCCCUGCGGCCCCACCCCGCUGGCCAACAGCUGCAAUGAGCCCUGUGUCAGGCAGUGCCAGGACUCCACCGUCGCCAUCCAGCCCUCCCCCGUGGUGGUGACCCUGCCCGGCCCCAUCCUCAGCUCCUUCCCGCAGAGCACCGCCGUGGGCUCCUCCACCUCCGCUGCCGUUGGCAGCAUCCUCAGCUCUCAGGGAGUGCCCAUCAACUCCGGGGGCUUUAGCCUCUCGGGCAUUGGCAGCCGCUACUGCGGCAGCAGGUGCCUGCCCUGCUAA